AUGGAUUUACUGACAUUCGUCCUCUACUCACUCGUUGUUUUUGCUGUGUUUUUAUUGUUGCGAAAAAAUUGGGAGCGCUUCGAGAUCGGCGAUUUGCAUAGGAAACCGAUUUUUAUCACUGGCUGCGAUUCGGGAUUCGGAUAUGGUUUGGCGAUCAAAUGUAUCGCCAACGGGUUGCCCGUCUACGCCGGAUGUCGAACUGAGGAAGGUAAGAAAAAGUUGCUCACCGAGGCUGGUCUCUACCGAGGGAAAUUGAAAGCUUUCCUUAUCGAUGUCACUGAUGAUAAAAGUGUUGACGAUGCAAGGAGAUUGGUAGAAAAAGAAGCAAAUCAAUUUGGAGGUUUACACGCAAUUGUGAACAAUGCGGGCAUUGUCGGGCAAUCGUUUUACGAUGAUUUUCUUUCAAUGGACGACUAUCGAGAGACGAUGGAAGUGAAUCUUUUUGGAGUUGUCCGAGUGACGAAAGCUUUCUCACCACUUUUGCGGAAAACAAGGGGCCGAAUCGUGAAUAUGGCAUCAAUGUGUGCCCGUUUGGGCCUUCCCGGCAUUGGUCCGUACACUAUUGCUAAACAUGGCGUGUCUGCGUAUAGUGAUGUCAUACGUCAAGAGCUCCGACCCUGGGGAAUCACGGUUCACGUGCUUGAGCCGGGUUUCUUCAAAACUCCACUUAUCGCCGAAGAUGCUAUCAAAGCUCAACUACAAAGGGUUUGGGACCGUUGCUCAGAAGAAACUCGACAAGAGUAUGGACGAGAGUUUUUCGAGAAAGGUAGUGAAGUGACAAAUCGAAUGGUGGCCAUGGUCGCUUCAUCGAAUGUUCAGUGGGUCAUCGACACGUACUUUCACGCGAUCACCGCUCGUUUCCCCCGAAAGCGAUACCAAAUCGGAUGGGAUCACAUAUUCUUCUUCUUGCCGAUCUCCAUUCUACCAGCAGCGAUCUCCGACAAAAUCUUCGAGCUUUUCGAGCUUUUCUUCGGCGCUCCCAUCCCGAAAGCCGUUCAAGAAGGGAAAUAU